GAAAUAUGUAACCGAUAAAUUUACAAUAAUAAAAACCACAUUGUUCAUGGAUUUUGGGAAGAAGAUUUUGGGUAAAUACGGUUGGAAAGAAGGCGAUGGCUUAGGUAAAAACAAUAAUGGCAUAGCGGCUCCAUUGAAAGCGAGUCUAAAAUUUGAUAAUGCUGGCCUGGGCGUUGAUCGCGCCACAGAAUUCAAUGAUCACUGGUGGGAGCGUUGCUUCAACGAGGCAGCAUCAAAUGUAUCUGUUCAAGUGGAGCAGAAUGGUCAGGUGAGCACAGCGCGCAAAGCUGGCCAAGAGGCUGUGGAAAUUUCAACCAAGGGCUAUUCGGCGCGUAAAUUGAAAAAGGCCAAGGAUCAGCAAAAAGAUUCUUACAGUGGAGCCGUGUAUGGUAAUUUCCUAAAAUCUGCGCUUCUUACCCAAGAGGGUGGCGAAGUGGAGAACGAGGAACGAAUCAAGGUGGAGGACAUUGCUGUUGCCAAAGUGCAAGUGCUGACCGAUGAGCAACUAUUCCAGGCAUGUGGCGGUCGGACAGCUCACAAAGGCGCACGCCAUGGACUCAAAUUGAGCGGCAAGCUGGCGCGCAUAGAGCAGCAGGAGCGCGAAAUGUUGGCCAAGCUGCAGGGAAAACAAGUGCAGACAGCUGGUGAGGAAGCUGAGAAGUCGAAUAAAAUUAAAAAGAAGAAAAAGAAGAAUAAAUGUAAAGAGGUCGAUGAAGAGCAGCCUGAGAUGAAUGCGAUUGAGCUGGAGCAAGAGCCAACAAAGAAGUCUAAGAAGCGGGAGUUGGUUAUUGAGUGCAUAGAAAGCGAACCUGCGCCGGCUGUCAAAUCAAAGAAAAAGAAAAAAAAGCAUAAGCAAGCGGAGUAGUUGAAAUAUAUAUAUAUAUAAUUGAUAUAUAGCAUACACUUUUAUGUACAUAUGAAAUGUAUUUAGUUAUAAUAAAUCUAAACGAAGGCAUUUAUAAAUCUA